ACUUACAUGACUAGUUAAGAAAUUUCCUGUAUUAUAUAACAAGUUAAUCUUAUUUAUUAAUUGAGUAAAUAUUUCAAAAGAAACAAAAAAGAAGAAAGAAAGGUCCCACUUGAGAAUUUUAUUGAGUGGGACCCUAAAGCUAGAAUCUUUAUCAAAAACCACAAGAGAUUGUAUUAGUUGAACUAAUACGUCCAAGAACCAAACCCACACACACCCCAAAUGUCCAACCCUCUCCUCUAAUACCCAUCUCCCUUAUUUUACAUCCCACCACCAUGCCCAUGGCUCCUGCUGCUGCUGACGACUUCACCUUCCCCAUCUUUGCCACUGACCCUUUCUCUUCCGGCGUCGAUUCGCCUUCUUUAUGGCACUUAUCUCCUGCUGCCUCUCCUGAUCAUUCUUGCCAUGCGAAACCAGAACAAGAACAGGAACGAGAACAAGGACAGGAAGACAGUGAUCAAGAAGAAGACUUCCAAGAUUGCUUCCCACUUUAUAAACCUGCUCAAAGAAAGAGCUUUUCUUGGGAAGAGAAAGGUUCAAAAUAUGGUGAAGUUGAUGAUGGCGAUGAUAAAGAAGAAAAGAUGGACAUGCUAUGGGAAGAUUUUAAUGAAGAAAUAACAUCAUUAAAAAGAAGCCAGAGUACAUCAAGAUUUGAUUCUGAUCAUGAUAUGGCGAAUCGUGUGGGCUGUGUUCAUCAACUUCAAUCCGUAAAAUUGAAUAAAACCAGUACUGCUAUGGUUUCGCCGAAGAAGCCUGCAACUGCAGGUUUUGUUGUGUUCAUCAAAGUAUUGAAGAAGCUUUUCUUGCUCCAUAAUUCUCAUCAUCAUCAUCAUCACCAUACACGUAGGUCUGUGCAAACUCACCAUUCUCGCAACAGAAGAGCUAAAAAUCGAUCAUGGUGAUCACGGUUCUUUUAUCUAUAUAUUCUUAAUUAAUUAAUUUCGUGUAUAUUCAUUUGGGCAUUAAAGGGUGCUUCAAUUCAAAUCUUGGGCUCCAGCCUCCAUUACUCUUUGAUUAAGACUUGAAAGAAGAAAAAGAACUUCCAGUGACACAUUGGCCAAUA